AAAAAACGCAAUUUCUCCUGUCCUCGCACCACCCCCGGCUCGUCCCCCGUUGGUCCAGACUGGAUGAGAGCGCUGCAGCAUCAGCGGAUGACAGGGAGUAAACGCCGGGCCGCUGCGCCCCUCCACCAGCCGCACAUUCCCGCACACAGGACCGCCAUCGCAGAGCCGAGAAGAAAUGCGCCGAGGCAAUGUAGGGGAAUGUUAACCUUUUUUUUUUUUUGGCACUGCCGCUCAUCAGAAACGGAUUUCCACACCAAAGCUUCGUUUGAAUCGCCACUGGUUGAAAUCACUGCAAGCUAGCAGCAACAUCACUUGGCAAUUGAGGGAGACGUGUUCCUGUGAGCUGACCACCGCGUACAUUCCUCUAUGAGCUGGAUGACAAAUGCCAAGCUUACGGAUAUAGAUAUACUAGCUGAAGUAGCGGAAAAUACAGGAAUACAAUUGCCGCUGUUUGGGAUAACCGGUUGUGUAUUCUCUGAUAAAACAGUGACUGUGGAGCUCAUGUGUUUUUGCAGUCAGCGCAAUCAAGGUGAAGGCAGCUAGCCCGUUAGCACUUGAGCUAUCCGGGUAGUACGAGAAAGGGAAAUGAUAUCGCACUGAAUGCGUUUGAUAUUUAAAUGUCUAUUUUGGAAGAAAAAAAAAAAAAAGGGAAAAGCACGUGAGAAGUGUGCACUUUAGCUUUGCACGGUGCACUUCUUCCACAUUGGAUAAUAGUGCUCGUCACUGAUGAUGAUGAUGAUGAUGUGAGUUCCGCGUAUGAGGAAUGCCAGGAGAUGCUUGAUAUCUAAAAAAAAAAAAAAAAAAAAAAAAAAAAAAAAAAAAAAACAAAGAACGACGUAUCUAUAUAUGAGAUUUAGGUAAUGUUACAUAUCAAAUUUGCAUGCUUUUCAUGCUAGCAGAAUAUUUAAUGCUAUCUCCCUAAAACCCCUAGUAUAACAUGUCGAUUCUGGCAUUGCACUGUAUAUUUUGAUAAAGACUAGUGUGCUUAGGGUCGAUGCCAAACAGUCAUAUCAUCACAAUAUAAACGCAUUAUUAUUUAUUCUUUAUACUAGUAUCUGAUUACCAGUCACCACACCUGCUUUGUUCAGGUUUAAAUGUUCUGCAAAGAGUCUUUGUGGCAAUUAUUUGCAUUAGCUGAAGUAAGAGGAUGCCAUAGCAUUUUGACGGGCUGAUGAUUCACUCAACGGGAAAAAUGAGGAAGUUCCCCUGAACUGAUGCAUUACGGCUCACGGCUUUAAGUUCAUGAAACCCCUGUUCUUCAAAGGCCGAUGGUGAAAGUACCCAACGGCUGUUUGAUGAGCUGCAAAGGAAAGCCAGCUCUCCUCUGGUCGCCUCUGAAGUCGAGCUGACAGAAGCUGGUGGAGUUUGUUUGAAAGAGUUGAGCAGGGUGUGACCGCUCUUCGUUAUGUCACAUGCAGCACUGUAUAUAUUAGCGAGCCUCACAAUGAACGGAACCUGCAACUUCUAUGUCAACCCGUGCGGAUGACACCACCGCCGCCGGCGCCGUUCAAAAGCAUACAGCGGGGCGAAAACAAGCAGUCGCUGAGACAAAAGUUUUUUAUUUAUUUAUUCAUUUUUACAUACAUUUGGCAAAGAGCAAGUCGGUUAGCCAUGUAGCUGGCUGCAUAUGACCGGACUGGACUGCUCCGACUAAUGUAUAGGGUGUCCAAACUCUUUUUUUAGUCUGUGUCGUACGUGUAAGUGUAGAUGUAUAGUGGAGUUAUUUUGGUGUCGUCGUCGUGACUGUUCCUGGUUGCUAUGACAUUUUUAAACGGCCCCCGACUGCUGGACUGGACGAACUCUCCUCCACAUUUACAGUUCAACAAAUACGUCCUGACCGGCUAUAGACCCAUCUCCUCCGUCCAGGAGUGCAUCAAAAGUCUCUUCUAUCUGCACAAUGAGCUGGGGAACAUCUACACACAUGGAAUCCCUCUGCUCUGCUUCCUGGUGCUGCUCCCACUCAACAUUCCCUGGUCGCAGAUCAGUGUGACGUGGCUCGGCGUGGUGCACUUCUUGGCCUGUUUAUCUCCACAGCUGGGCUCAGUGGUCUACCAUCUCUUCAUGAACCAUGAGGGUGGUGAGCCCAUCUACAAAACCCUGCUCACACUUGAUAUGUGUGGAAUCUGCAUGAUCAACACGCUAGGAGCUCUGCCAAUCGUGUACAUCACUUUACUCUGCUACCCCUUCACCCGCACCGUGGCUCUGCUGGUGUACAUUCUGCUGUCCAGUUAUGCCAUCUACUGUGCCGUCACAGCAUGCAGCAGAGUACGACGCUUUCGUUCCUUUGCCUGGCAGGCACUUUUCCGCUUCUCGUUUUUCCUACUGCGCUGGGUGGGUGUGGGCGGAGGGAGUCCCACCUCACUGCGUCACUUCGUCACUAUGGAUGCACUGGCAGUGUUAGGCGGGGUCAUCAAUAUCACCCGGAUUCCCGAGCGUUUCCGUCCUGGCCUCUUUGACUACUGGUGCAACAGCCAUCAGAUCAUGCAUGUGCUGGUGGUGGUUUCUAUACUGUACCUGCACUGGGGGGUGUUGGACGACCUACUGUGGAUCAACAGCCAUGACUGUCCCUCAAACUGACAGUGGCUCUGCUGGUCUGGAUUACAGGGCAUGAGGACCUCUUUUAGUAGAUGAAUGGUUGGGGGAAGGGGGGCAGUUGUGCUUUGUAUAUAAAUGUGCACGAAAGUCCAUAAAAAGUGUUUUAAAUGUUUUUUUAGGAGACACCAGUGCCAGCUUCGACACACAUGCUUGUUUGUGCCAUCAUUUGCCAGAAUGUACAUAUCUGUGUUUAACAAACAACAUUGUCUGUGCAUGGCACUGUUUAAAUCUAGUCAGAAUAUAUUUUGUUUUGAGACCUACACAUUCUAUAGGCUUACACUCACAUUUAUAUGCACACACACAUACGGGGUCUGACAUUAUUUGAUGUCAUAUAUACACCAGCACUGAAAACAUUUAUUAUACAGCCUCUAACCUUUUGUUAAGCUGAAAAAAAAAAAAAAAAAAAAAUAUGAAAGGCAAGAUUGAGACCUCAAAUGAUUGGCUGUCAAAAAUCAAGACUUACCGUAUCAUAUAAUCUAAAACGAAUUGCUCAAAAUAGUAGUUUGAAAGUAUGUCUUUUGGGAAAAUUAAUUACAGUUUAUCUGUAUUCUCAAUUUUGCUGGUGACUUGUGGAAACCAGUGCAGAAAUGAUGAGUGCACUGAAUUAGACCUCCAACUUUCAGAAGCUACUCUAUUGCAGACUAUGCAGCAUAUCAAUUAUGUCAAUGCCUACUAAUGACAUACACUACACACACACACAGAUACACUAUGUACUGUAGGGCCAGUCACACAGCAAGAUUUAGUGAUAAUACUUGAGUUGAUUUUAUUUAUUUUAUCACACUGUGUCUCUAUUUGUGUUUUUCUUUAUUCACGUCCGUUACCUGUUAGUAAAGGGUAAAAGGGGUCAUUCCUUGGUUUGUAGCCUUGCCAUUGAUAUGUUUACUGGCUGAUUAAAGUUGCCGAGUGCCCUUUAGUGACUUUAGUCAGGAAAGUUUGUUAGCACCUGUAAAGGGGCAUUUAUUUAAUGCAAUUUUUUUUGCAGUAGCAUGACUUUAACGGUGCCCUGGGAAAGGUUUUAUGUUACCUGCAGAAGAUAUGUUCUUUGUUGUGCUACUGAACAGUCCUUCCAAAUCUUGUACACUAAUGGUUAAAUAUCCUAAUCUGCCAUUUGGAAGAUUGGAUUUUGUACUGCUCUAAAUUAGAUUUCAUUUCUUUUUUACCUUUAACCUCAAUUAUCUGUGUAAGCUCGGAUUCUAGACUAGGCAAAUUAUUUUCUUAAUGGCGGGCCGUUUGUACAAAGGCGUUAAUUCUCUGCUAGUUAUCUUCGACCACUGCACACCUGAUGUUCCUCAUCAUCAGAUGUGGCAGAGGAAUAAUAAACUCUGCAAUGGGGCAAUAUUACACAUACCAUUAGACUAUGAAUUCCCCAUUGAAGACUAGCUUAACAUUGCCAUAACAUUGGUACUACUCGCCUGUGCUAAAUUUAUGCCAUAUAUAUCACUGAAGCAACUUCUCAGUGUUAUUUAUCUCCAUCCCUGGUUAUGGGAUGAAUAUGAUUGGAUACAUUUCAGAAUGGCCUCUCUGAUUUACUAAAGCUGAACAACUAUGGAGAUGUUUUUGGGCUGUAUUAUUAGGCAACAGCAUUUUUUGCACAGUUUGGAUGUGUUACUUUAGAACACUUAUGCACAACUGAGUAGAACAAACCAAGGAUGGCUCCUUCAACCCUUCCAACUUUUUUAACAAGUGGAAAAACAAACAACAAACUGUGAUAGGUUCAGUCACCAUAUCACAAUGUAACUUGAAAAUCAAGAUAAUUGAGGACUACCAAUUAUUUCUAAAUGUAAUCAUCUCCUCUACCCCUACCAUUUGCAUUACAAAUUAAUUUGGGGUGGGGUAGGUUUAUGAUGUUGUUUUGCUAUUUGAAAUGUUAUGUUUUAUUUGAAUGCAUGCCAAAAGAGACCAACUACUACUAUUUUUUUAUUUAUUUAUAGUUGAGAAUCAAACAUAUCUUCACAUUGCACAACCACAGCACUCUCCAACCUUUAGCAGAGGUCAGUUUUAUUAGUGUAGAGUCAGUGCAUGUUAGAUAGUAUGUUGCUCAGUUGUAUCUGAGAAAAAAAUGCAAAUGUAAACACACUAUGCCAAAUUAACUCUGUUAGGACCUCAGAUGUUGCACAUGAUGGUCCUGUUCUUAACCAAAUGAGGGUCACACAUGGCAUCUUUUGGUAUUUACUUUUAACACAGUCCCUCAGAACAGGGCAGAGUUACCCCAACCCUUUAAAUGUUAUAAAUAAUCACAAACAUUGGACUUCAAGUUGUGCAUGUAAGUUGAUGGAACAAUGGUAAACCAGUCCCCUUAAACACAACAUAGGAUUUUCUAAUGCUUGUGCAUUGCAACCACUAACAUGUGUGCUUAACGUGCAGUAACAGAGCUAAUGCAUCAAAUACAUGUCUAAUGAAAGGGAAUGAAACAGAGAGCAUUCCAGAGGCAAUACAACCAUAUCAGAUAAUUAGCUGCACGGUUUAUUUUUACUUUGAAUAGAAGUAAAACCGUUUAAGAACUUAAAGUCCAUAUAGGUAAUGUAAAUACCUGUAUGUAGACUGUAUACGCAUUAAAAUGCAAGCAGCAUACAUACUGACAUUUUUGUAUAUUAUAUAAAGCAACAAUAUUCUAAGAAAAUAUAUGUAUGUUUUUGUAUUUCAUCUCAGAGGGUAACAUUCAAUAUGAAUUGUCCAAUUUCUUCUCAAAGACAGUACAGAUUCAUGAUUUGACUAUUCAGUGAACAGUUUAAAAGUCUUCUUCAAAAAGCGAAAAUUGUGAUAUCACAAUGCCAGUGACCAUUGUUGAGGUCUGAUGGGAGCUAGCUAACAAAGCUUUUACAAUCUCUAGGAGGGUCAGCAGCAUCAUAAUAACAAUCUGUAAUACUAUGACGUGGUCAUGGUUUUGACAGUUUAGAAAACAUUGAAAUAGUUUGGUUGGCAAAAUCUCUUUUUUUACAUAAUGAAAGACUUGGAGAGCUGGCAAUAUUUAUGUUUUGGAUUGAGAAUGGGGGUCUUGAUAUGUAAUUACCUCUGAAACACUGGAUAACUAUGCAUAUCAAAAUAUGAACAUAUAUAUAUAUAUACACACAGACAUGUUUGUACAUGUGAAUAAAGAAAAAAUUGGUAUGUUUUACCAAUCCUGAAAGUAAACAAAUCUGUGUAUUUACACCAACAUAUUUUGCUCAGAGUUGUAUCUUUACCAUGCCAUCCUGGGGUUUCCUCUUCUCAGGGUUCCCUGUCAGUACUCACUUGUACUGAGUGACCUCAACAACUGAUUUUGGCCCAGUUUUCUUUUCAUACUGUCAUGUCUUCUUCACCAGAUUGUGGUUAAAAUAAAGGACUGCCAGAAUAGUGGCCGAACAGUAAUAUGUUUGUAAGGUAUCAGGCAUUUUGGCCAUGCAUCCUCCUUGAUGCAUAUUCCCUUUGUGGGACUGAAUGUGUGUCCAUAUACUGAUCAAGAAUGUGUUUAUUCAUGUAGUUUGUUAAGAGUUGUGAGAAUGUACUAAGCAUGUUACACUGGAGCUCAAAAAGAAAUGGAUUGCAUCACAAACCAUGUUUCUUAGGAGGAACAAGGAUGAUGUUCUCAUGAAUGACAUUCUCCUGUCUGUAUAUUCUAUUGUCCUGUGGUAAAAAAAAAAAAAAAAAAAAAAAAAAAAAAAAUGACGUAUGAAACUAUAAUAACAUUUUUUCAUAGUAUGCAGGUGCUGGAUAGCCUGUUAAUUAUAAUUUACAAACUAUUCAUCAUUAGUUACAUUUCACAUUAUUAUGACAAUAGAAAUGUUGUCAUAAUUAUUACUAUUAUUCUGAGAUGGAUUACCACUAUCAAUGAAAAUCUUAAUCUACGUACAAAGGCUGAGAAUACUAACGCACAUAGGGUGAUAGGAGGUCUCUGAAAGAUCUGUCGUUUUUUGUU